AUGGCCAUCAUCAAAGGAGCAAUACCCCUUGGUGAAAAACUACAAAGACGAGGCUUACUCACCAAUGUAGCCUGUCCAAGAUGUGGAGAAGUGGAAACACCAAUGCACGUUUUCUUCCUCUGUUCUUUCGCGCAGAAAGUGUGGCAGAAAGUUGCCCUCACAACACCAAUCCUCAUAGAUGCGGUUGAUGACUUCCAAUCAGCUUUGGUGCUGUUCCGAAAGAUAUCUUGUCUUCCUCCGUCAAGUAUCUCAUCCCCCGUCCUUCCUUGGAUCUGCUGGUCGCUUUGGAUGGUGAGAAACAGACUGAUCUUUGAAGACAAGAAUCUUAACCCUAACAAAGUCAUGCUUAGAGGAUUAGUCUCAGCCCGCGAAUGGAUUCAAGCGCAAGACAAUUUAUCACAGGAAAACAAGCGACAACCUCAAGGGAUCCAGUUCCACAAGGAAGAUGGCAGCAAUCAACGCACGACAUGCAACUCCGUUGCAUCUUGGAACUCGACCACGAGGAAAGCAGGCUUAGCGUGGAUCAUCUCAACACCGACAGCAAAUCAACUCCACGAAGGAUCACUGUGCACAGAAAACGUCACUUCUCCUCUUAUGGCCGAAGCUCUAGCGCUUCGAUCGGGUCUUCUCGCAGCCGCAGCUCUCGACAUUACUAGUAUCAGGGUCUGCUCAGACUGCCAAACGCUCAUCAGAGCAAUCCAAAAUAGGCACCAAAUUAAGGAAAUCUUCGGUAUCGUCUCCGAUAUCAUGCAGAUCUCCUCUGCGUUUGCCUCUAUCUCUUUCUCUUUUGUUCCACAAUCUGAGAACCGAAAAGCCGACUUGUUAGCUAAACAGGCUUUGUUUUCAUUUGCUUCUGUACUUGUUUGA